AUGUAUUUAGGUAUUAAGAAUAUAAAUAAAAAUAAUGAAAAGAGAUAUUCUAGUAUGACUCAUAAAGAAAAACUUGACCUAAAAAAAAGAAUUAUACAGGAUGGCUUGAAUUUUUCUCAAAAUUUUUCUUAUUCUAACUUUAUAAAUUAUCAAUAUUUAUCUCAUAUUUAUACUAAGAAUAUAGAAGAAUUAAAUGAAAUAGAAAAAAUUUUUGAAGAAAUAAAAUUUGAUAACAGAAAAAAAAAGGAAUUAUUAGAAUUAGCAAGACAACAAAUACCUCUAUUUUAUUUUCCUCUAAAUAAUAUGUAUAAUGAAGAUGAAUUAAAAUAUCUUGAAAAUGUGGUUAUUCCUUAUGUUAACAAGCAAAAUGAAAUUAAAGAAAUUAAAAAAUAUAUUUUUAAUGCUUAUCAAAAUUACAUUAUUUACAAUGAUAUAUUUCAAAUAUGGUCAGAUGAAUUAGAAUCGUUGAAUAAAUAUAUUAUUCUGGAAACUUAUAGAAAUAAAAUGAAUUUGUAUGAAGAUAAUGAAAUACAUGAAGAGAAAAAAGAAAUAAUACACUUUAACAAAAUAGAAAAGAUAAAGAGAAGAAUUAAAAUGCAUAUAGCUAAGGAUAGUAAAGUCAUAAAAGAAAAUAAUAAAACUCAAGAACAAUACAAAAUGCAAUCAGAAAAGAUAGAAAAAUCAGAUAUUAAUUUUGAUGAAUGGUUAUAG